CUUACAGCACAUCCUGUAUUUCUACUCCGGAAUACAUUCCAGAGAAUGUCGAGCAAAUACGUUUUCCUUUUUCCACUGAAUCAGAAAGGUGUGUCAAUAAACACUUGUCAUUGUCCAUACGAGAUAACAAACUAUAUAAAAGAGCCAUGAUGUCUGAGGUGCUGAGUACAGCGGAACGAUUUCUCAUUGCUGAAUUACUGCAUCUUAUCGGGAAUUAUUUGUCUUGCAGAAUCAUCAUGGUGAAGUACACAGUGAAAGUGUUUACUGGAAAAAUGCUGCUUGCCGGCACAUUGAACAGUGUUUACGUCAAACUGGUCGGCAGAAAGGGAGAAAGUAAACGCGUGUACAUCCCUAAAACCGGCAGCCAAGGAUCGAUGAUUGAGCACAAUGUGUCCUGUCCCUCCUCCCUGGGCCAUCUGGAGUUUGUAGUGCUGGACACAGAGCCGUAUGCCCUGUUCGCCUACAUCAACGAUGACUGGUUCUGCUCUAAAGUAGUGGUGACCACACCAGAGGGAGACACGGCCAGCUUCCCCUGUUACCGCUGGAUCUCAGGCUAUGAGCGUCUGGUGUUCAGAGAGGCCACUGGAAAGCUGAUAUUCAAUGAGACCUGCCCAGAGGCCAUAGAGGAGAGAAAGAAGGAGCUGCAGAGUCGCCAUGAGGUGUACUGCUGGAGUAUAUAUGCAGAGGGUCUACCCCAAAUCAUGAAAGUUGACAGCGCUUCUGAUCUCCCUGAUGAGGUCCGCUUCUCUUUCACCAAGGAGUUGGAGUUCAAGUUCACAGCAGCCAAAGCAUUGGUGGAGUUGAAUCUAGCAGGACUGUCCACAAACAAGGAACAAUGGAAGAGCCUAGAUGAACUCAGUCAUGUCUUCAAUAGCCACAAGACUGAUGUUUAUGAAUAUGUUGAAAAGAACUGGAAGGAGGAUGAGUUUUUUGGGUACCAGCUUCUGAACGGCCUCAACCCCAUGAUGAUCCAUCGCUGCUCCAAGCUUCCAGAGAACUUCCCCGUCACAGAAGACAUGGUGAAGGCUUCCCUUUUCGGAAAAAGCCUUGUUGCGGAAGUUCAGAAAGGCAACAUCUUCCUGGUUGACUACAAGCGUCUACAUGGAGUGACUGCAAACGUGAUCAACGGGAAACAGCACUUCUUGGCUGCUCCUCUCUGCUUGCUCUACAUGACAGACAAUAAGCUCAUGCCCAUCGCAAUCCAGCUGAAGCAGGAGCCUGGAGAAGACAACCCCAUCUUCCUUCCUACUGACUCUGAGUAUGACUGGCUUCUGGCCAAGAUCUUUGUGAGGAGCGCUGACUUCGCUGAACACGAGCUGAACUUUCACCUGCUGAGGACUCACCUGCUGGCUGAGGUGUUCGCCAUGUCGACACUGCGUAACCUACCAAUGGUGCAUCCCAUCUACAAGCUCCUGAUCCCUCACUUCCGCUACACUCUGCAGAUCAACACUCUAGCGAGACAGGCCCUCAUAUCAGAGAAUGGGCUGUUCACAGAGAAUGCCAGUGUCGGAGGUCCAGGGAUGGUGGAGUUCCUGAAGAAAGCGAUGGCCUCAUUGACCUACAGCUCCCUCUGUAUGCCGGAGGACAUCACAGCACGUGGUCUGGAGUCAAUCCCCAACUUCUUCUACAGGGAAGAUGGACUCAGGCUGUGGGACAUUGUCCACAGGUUUGUUCAGAAAAUGAUUGGUCACUACUACACCUGUGACUCAGACGUCCAGAAGGACUCUGAACUGCAGAACUGGAUCAAGGAGAUCUUCUUCCAUGGGUUCCUGGCAGAAACCAGCACAGGAAUCCCUCAGUCUUUCAGUUUGAUGACAGAGCUGGUCAAGUUUCUCACCAUGGUAAUCUUCACAGUGUCUGUCCAACAUGCUGCAGUCAACAAUGGACAGUUUGAUUUUGGGGGCUGGAUGCCCAACUUCCCCAUCAGUCUGCAACAACCACCUCCCACCACUAAGGGGCAGUGUACUGAGAGCACCAUGCUGAAGACCUUCCCUGACAUCAAUACCACCGUUAAUGGCAUGGCAGCGGUGUACCUUCUGAGCAGGCAGUCCACUGACUUUGUCGCUCUUGGAAAUGGCUAUCAGGAUCACUUCAGCGAGAAGACCCCUCUGGAACUGAUUCACAAAACUCAAAAUGUGCUGAAGAAAUACAACUUUGAAAUCCAAGGCAGGAAUGUCUCUUUGCCCCUGUCAUAUACCUACCUGAAUCCCAACAAUGUGGAGAACAGUGUGGCCCUGUAAAAUGAGUCGGUCGUAUUUAUUAGGCACCAAAUGGAGGAAAUGCACAGAUGCAGGGAGAGACUACCUUGUUUUCUGUUGAAACCUGUUUUAAACCAUGUAUCUUAUGGUGUGCCCUAAUCAUUAUGACCCAGGCACUUUACUCUAUUGCGGUUCAGUCCACUUUUUCUUUUUAAUAGCCACAUGCAGCCAAGAUGAGAAGUGAAAUGUUUCUACUUCUGUGUUGUUGUGAAUGCCACUAGCUGAUUCCUUUUAUCUAAGUAUACCCUUGUAUAACUGAAUGUACGUCAAGUCCCUUCCUGUUAUUGGCAAAAACCUAACCUUUUAUGCAAAACGGGAAUCUACUGUAUUUGCUUCACCUGGACUCAGUAUGUGGCCUUCCAUUUUCCAGCUAACCACACCAGUAGGUGUGUUGUAUGGUUUCCAUAGAGACAGGUGAACUUAUUUCAGCUACCUGCCUCCCUCUAAAAAGGGAGAGUUGAGAAAAACUACCAAAUGGACAACACCUACAGACCUCACUUCCCAUAGUGCCUUGCUGCUGAAAGAACUGCAUGUGACGUUCCUGAUUUAUUAGCAGUGUAGCUUGAACCCACUCAAUUGUGUGAGAGCCAAAAGGAAACUCCUGUCCAUACAGCCAAGAUACAAUUACAAUCUCUAACUCUGCUUUGUAACUCUAUUUGCUGGCUGAUCAACAGCUUGUUAAUGUUCAUCCUUGUCUCUUUCAGUGUUCAUUGUCCCUGUUGCCCAAGCUGUUUUGUUAAACUGGUUGACCUUUACACACCGGUGCUUUAAACUGUGUAGCACACAAGGAUAUAAAAGGUGAAGAUGGUGAAAUGUGUACAUCUCCACCAGACAUUCAGUAGUCAGUCAUUAUUCUUCAUGUUACACUAUGAUUCAGCUAUUGAAAUAACUUGUCUUGUGAUUGAUUAUCCUCCCAUGAACAGGGUCAUGGCUUUGGAUAUUGAAUAGGGGACCAUUUUUCAACAAGCCUUUACUAGGCGAUACCUAAUUCUCAACUUGGAAGGCACUAGUGUCUUCUACACUUCCAUGGUUAAGACAGAUGGGUGUCCACCCCACAGACGGUCCACCCUAAAGUGCUGCAUGGCAUGAGCCUGACUCAGAAAUCAAGAGUCUCUUUGAAUGACACCCACCUGUCUCGAUCAAUGACAGAAGAUCAGACCUCGAAAAGAUGGCGGCAAAUACACUGAACAAAAAUGUUAAUGGAACAUGUAAAGUGGUGAUCCUAUGUUUCAUAAGAUAAUAAAUCAAUCCACCUGACAGGUUUGGUAUAUUAAGAAGCAAUUUACUCCAUGAUUAUUACACAGGUGCACCUUGUGCUGGGGACAAUAAAUGACCACUCUAAAAUGUGCAGUUUUGUCACACAACACAAUGCCACAGAUGUCUCAAGUUUUGAGGGAGUGUGCAAACUGACUGCAGGAAUGACCACCAGAGCUGUUGCCGGAGAAUUUAAUGUUAUUUUUUUUACCAUAAGCUGGCUAGCAAGUACCAUUGGCUGGCUAGCAAGUAAGGGAUAAGAACGUUGUCAGCCAUCAUGGUGUAACCGAUGUGAAAUGGCUAGCUAGUUAGAGGGGUGCGCGCAAAUAGUGUUGCAAUCGGUAACGUCCAUCUGGCCUCACAACCGCAGACCAUGUAUAACCCCACCAGCCAAGGACCUCCACAUCUUGCUUCUUCACAUGCUGGAUUGUCUGAGACCAGCCACCUGAACAACUGAUGAAACUGAUGAGUAUUUCUGUCUGUAAUGAAGCCCUACACCUAUUUGAACUCUGAGAAUGUAGAGAACAGUGUAGAAAUCUAAAACGACUCGGGAGAUAAAUAUAUUCAGUUUUACCUAUUUUGAUGCAUUUUCUGGGUAACGCAAAGCCUUACAUUGAAAGCAAACUAUAAAGGCAUACACUAUUAAACAUGGCACACCUUCAACUUAGACAAUGUUUUACAGCUUCGCUAAACUGUCCCAGUUCUAUCAGAUAAAUGGAAAUAUCACUAUGGGUUCAGUCAGAAUGUUAUCGCUGUAUCACAAGUGUUAACUGUGUUAAACCAACACACACCGCUACAUGGUGUCUCUCACAGACAAAGAACUUGAUGUUAUUAUUACAUUUGUAUGUGUUAAUAUCUGCUAAUAAAUAGUGUUUUUCUUACA